AUGGAGUCUUUAAUUCCAGUUAUAAACAAACUGCAAGAUGUAUUCAAUACUGUUGGAUCAGAAACAAUACAGUUGCCACAGAUAGUUGUCAUAGGAAACCAGAGUUCUGGUAAAAGCUCAGUGAUUGAAACUCUUGUUGGCCAAGACUUUCUUCCGAGAGGUACAGGGAUUGUCACUCGCAGACCAUUAGUUCUUCAGCUUCUUCAUGUCUCCAAGAACAGUUCACGGCCAGAUGAAGAGCAGACAGUUGCUGCAGAAGAGUGGGCCAAGUUUCUACACACCAAAAACAAAAUAUACACAGAUUUCAAGGAGGUUCGCAGAGAAAUUGAAAAUGAGACAGAUCGCAUGUCUGGGACUAACAAGGGCAUCUGCUCAGAACCAAUUGUGCUGAAGAUCUACUCCAAUAAGGUCGUGAACUUGACCCUUGUUGACCUUCCAGGCUUGACCAAAGUCCCUGUCGGUGAUCAGCCACCAGACAUUGAGCUUCAAAUCCGGGAUUUAUGCAUCCAUUACAUCUCCAACCCAAAUUCAGUGAUUCUGGCUGUCACCGCUGGAAAUACAGACUUUGCCACAUCAGAGGCUAUCAAACUGGCACGGGAGUAUGAUCCUGAUGGUCGCCGCACUCUGGCUGUGAUGACAAAAUUGGACCUCAUGGAUGCAGGCACCGAUGCCAUGGAUGUUUUGUGUGGCCGAGUUAUCCCUGUUAAGUUAGGAAUUAUUGGUGUGGUCAAUCGUAGUCAGGCUGACAUAAACAACCAGAAGGAGCUGUCUGAAUCUCUGAAAGAUGAAGCCACAUUUUUACAGAAGAAAUAUCCAUCCAUAGCCAAUCGGAAUGGGACUCCCUAUCUGGCGAAGACAUUGAACAGGCUUCUGAUGCACCACAUCCGAGACUGUUUGCCAGAGCUGAAAACUAGAGUCAACGUCCUCAUAGCACAGUUUCAAUCUCUGAUGAACUCAUUUGGUGAACCUAUCAAUGACAAGAGUCAGCUGCUGCUACAGAUCAUCACCAGGUUUGCCACAGCCUACUGUAGCACCAUUGAAGGAACUUCCAAAUUUAUAGAGACAUCUGAGCUUUGUGGCGGAGCACGCAUCUGCUAUAUUUUCCAUGAAACUUUUGGACGCACCUUGGAAUCAAUGGAUCCCUUGGGUGGGCUGAAUACUAGAGAUAUCCUUACAGCCAUCAGGAAUGCAACAGGACCAAGGCCUGCUUUGUUUGUACCUGAGAUUUCUUUUGAGCUGUUGGUGAAGCGUCAGGUUCGCCGGCUAGAGGAGCCAAGUUUGAGGUGUGUGGAGCUGGUCCAUGAGGAGAUGCAACGCAUGAUUCAGCACUGUGGCACCCAGCAAGAGAUGUUGCGGUUUCCAAAACUGCAUGAACGCAUUAUUGAUGUGGUCACAAAUUUGCUGCGGCUGAGACUUCCACCGACAAAUUCAAUGGUAGAAAACCUGGUUCAGAUAGAACUCGCUUACAUCAACACCAAGCAUCCUGACUUCACAGAGGCGCACUAUGUUCACCGUGCAAUCACCUCCGGCACUGCUGACGGUGACCUUGCCAAGAUCACAGCACACAGAAAUAUGGUGGAAAGAGUUCAAGAGGAUCGAGACAAGGUCAGUUCUGCUCCUAUUGUUGAUGGCAUCAAUGGUAGCUCCUGGAAGCUGACCAACCUGAUUCGUUCAAACAGACUGGACCAGGGGGGUGACCGAAUGUCUGAAGCAUCCUCUCAGCCUGGUAGUGGGGCCAAUAGUGCUGCUCCCUCUCCAUCUCGUUCCAGAAAGGGCAUCAAUUUGCUCCCAGAAGUGCCAGAGCAACCGGUGAUGAAGUUAUCAGCCAGGGAACAAAGAGACUGUGAUGUUAUAGAGCGACUGAUCAGGUCCUACUUUAUGAUAGUCAGGAAGAACAUCCAGGACAGUACUCCCAAAGCUAUAAUGCAUUUUCUGGUCAACUUUGUCCAGGAUCACUUGCAGAGUGAACUUGUGAGUCAGCUGUACAAGAAAGAAGAGAUUGAAACAUUGCUGGAAGAAUCCAGUCACAUUGCUGCUCGUAGGAAGGAGGCCUCAGAGAUGUUACAGGCUUUACAACGAGCCAGUCAGAUUAUUGGAGAAAUCAGAGAGAUUCAUUUAUGGUGA